AUGGUUGACGCCGUCAUUCCCAAGCUAGGCCACCCCAGACAGUUUUAUGUCUUCUCCGGCACACGUUAUACCACCGUCGAGAUUGACAGCAACUACAAUGUCAAAACCGUCGGAGCCGAGAGUCUAAUCAUACGUGAAAAAUGGUCUGAGACGUUUGGAAAAGUAGGCUGGGGUGCUGUUGAUGCUAUGUUCAGCGCCCCUGGCUACAAGAACGGCUUUUACGCAUUUGUCGGAGGCAACUACAUGCAACUUGACAUCGAUCCCGAUAGUCAAAAGGACAGCACUUAUUACGGAACAAUUAAGACCGAGGCAACCUGGAAGGGUUUGAUGAGUGCCGGUUUUGAUACCGUGGAUGCAGCCAUUCAGAGCCCCAGCGAUAGUGACUGUUUGUUCUUCUUCCGAGGCACGAAGUCUUUCAAGUACUCCAUUUCGGGCGACAAGGUUGUCUCAGGGCCCAACCCAAUCACCUCCUAUUGGCCUGGCAUUGCCGCAGCCGGCUUCGACUCUAUCGAUGCCAUCUUCCGAUCCCCCAAUGGCGACAGCUAUUACGUUUUCAAAGGUGAUCAGUAUGCGAGAAUUAAGUGGACUGGAGGAUGGGAUUCUUUGGAAGUUGACGCACACACAAUCCGCGGAAACUGGUCAACUUUGGGAAACUGGGUUUGA